UUUGUAAAGUGUACCGUGUCACCACAGAUAUCCUCCACACACACGCCAACAUCUCUGCUCUGUUACCGUAGGCACGGUGUAUCGGCCGACCCCGCGCAGACGUGAUGUUUCAGCUCUAAAGCAAAUUAUUUAAAAAACAAAAAACUGACACGAGCGCUCCAGAAUUUAUUUGGGAGCUAAUGUGACCAUUUUCCCGAGAGUCCCCUCUUGAAGGGUUUCAACACAGACAUAGCCUAUCUUCUCUCCAAAAACAGAAGACCACCGACCCCCCUUAUGUGGCCAUCUCACCGCCAACAACAACACCAUGCAAUCACGGAUCGGCAGAGGAUGUGACCGGGGCUGAAGUAACAGGCUGCUGCUCUGGACAGACCAGGAGCAACUUUCUUCCCUGGCUUGUGCCCCGUGAACUGUGCCCUGUGUGGGUUUCUCGCCGCCUCUCACUUUAGUUCUACGUGGGUGAGCAGUGUGUGCGUGUGUUUGGGGCACCUCCCCGCUCCUCCAUAGAUCUGGUUGCCCCCCUUGUACCUUACAAGCUGCACCAUGCAUUUCUUCUGCACCUCCUGGCUACUAUAGUUAGAGCAGGAUCCCGAGGUCCUCACCAACGCCCCCCCCCCCCGACCUGCUGACUUGGGUUUGGAGUCCGGAUCGUGUGUCAUGCAGCGAGACCUGAAGCGUUCCCCGGUUCCGUUGCAGGACCGCAUGGUUCAUAUGUAACUGGAUCUACUUUUUUUUGGAGGGAGAGGAGGGCACGCUCUGGUCUCUGGAGAACACUUGCAAAGAGGAGAAUAAAGUAGAAAGACGUGGUUGAGCAGCAGCGACAGAAGGACGCAGAGAUAGCCUAAUAUUAGAUAGUGCAACUUCGGCUACUUGUAGAUGUUUGAUCAGGCCACGACUAUGGGCGAUGGGAACCACCGCUGUGGACCCAACCCGCUGUGUCCGGACCGGAUGGAGACAGUAUGCCGCGCCGAGAUAGGGAGCCGGUCCCCGGUUCAGAGUUCCACCGACACCCCGGGGACAGCAGCGUCCACCCCGACGUCCUCCAGUGAAGACGGACACGACAAACUUUUGGGAGUGGACCCUGACUACUGUCGGAGGAUAUUAGUAAGAGACGCCAAAGGCACCAUCCGGGAGAUCGUCCUGCCGAAGGGCCUCGACCUGGACCGACCCAAGCGCACGCGGACCUCGUUCACGGCAGAGCAGCUGUACCGGCUCGAGCUCGAGUUCCAGCGGUGCCAGUACGUCGUGGGCCGCGAGCGCACCGAGCUCGCGAGGCAGCUCAAUCUCUCCGAAACACAGGUCAAGGUGUGGUUCCAAAACCGACGGACCAAACAGAAGAAGGACACCACCAAGGAUUCAGACAAACGCUCCUCCUCCUCAAACGAGUCGUUGGCCACCUGCAACAUCCUGCGCCUCCUGGAGCAGGGCCGCCUCCUAUCGGGCCCCGUCCCGCCACCUAACGCCCUCCUGGGGCCCCCACAUCCAUCAAAUGGCUCCCUGCUGGGCAGCCCAGGCGGAGGCUCCUCCACCUCUCCAGGGAUCAGCAGCAGCACUCCUCCCAAUUCCCUACCAGGGGGGACUUUUGGGCUCUCGCUGCCCUCUCUGGGCGGCACCUCACCGCGGUUGGGCGUCCCACCGCCGCACUCCCUCUGCUUCUCCAUGCCGCUACUGGGGGGCACACAUCAUGAACUGACAUCCGCCUAUGGCUGCGGUUCUUCAGCUUUUGAGCCGUACAUGCGGCUGGACAGGAAGGAGGCAGAUCUGGGAGGGAAGAAGACGGUUUCUUAAGUUAUCUGUCCCUCUUUUAGGACACCAGGGUACAGGAACUUGUCUUUGUAAGAGCGGUUCUGCUCAGUCUGCAGCCUGUUUGACACUUGAGCUUCAGCAGAUAGGAACGAAAGCAACCUGGAUCAUGAGAAAUGUGUAACAGGAAGAGACCAGGUUGAGCAGAGUGCCAUUUUGUGCCACAGCACUGUUGGGCACACUGACACAACAUAAUGAAAAGGACGUGAUGUGAUGGAGACUCUCCCACAUAAAAAAAAAAACCUUGUGAAUUUUUGCAAAAAUAUUGUGUGUGUGUGUGUAUGUUGCGUGAACCCUGACAGACAGAUGUUGUUAUCACCGCUCUCUUCGCAGUGGUUUCAAAUGGCUCUUCACUUUUUGUCCCGUUAGUUUGUGUGUGUGUGUGUGUGUGUGUGUGUGUGUGUGUGUUGUUCUCUCUAUACAGGCCUUCAUUUACUGUUCAGGGAAAAAAAAAAAACUUGAUAUGGAUAGUUCAGACAGAAUCACUGUCUGAAUGAGAAGAGUGGUAUUUCAAAGAAAGCAGUUUGUACACCUUUCAGUACAAAUUCCUGUACGUGUAAGUGGCCAUGUUUGAUUUUAGUUUAUGUGCUUUCACAAUAUGGAAGAAAAACUGAAAAAAAAGAAGAAUUGUAGCAUAUUAAUAUCAAUCUGUUUGGUGUCCAGCAGUAGUUUUUGUAAAUUCUUUAUUUGGUUGUGUUUGUGUAUAAAAUAAUUGUGUGGUAGGAUCUGAACAAAUGGUGCCGAAAUCACAUAUCUAGAUCUGAAAGUUUAAUAUAAAAGAACAUGAGAAGAAAAGCUUUGUGAGAAAGCUGGUUAAACUCUGCCAAAGCAUUUAUGGAUCAAGUUUGGAUGGAUUAAGGUGUCACACUUGUCCUCCAAUCACUGAAGUCUAGGUCAAACAGAGAAAUGAUCUUUGAACCCAGAUUCACUUUUCAAUCUUUGAUUCACAGAAAUGUCUAAAAAGACAAAAGCAGAAUUUUUGGGACAAUUUUUAUUUACAGAACCAAACUUGUGUAGGCCGGAAAUGAAAGCAGCUUCUCAAGGAGUCAGUACGUCUCAGUCAACACUUGAUCCAGAGAUUUCUGUUUUGCAUCUUGUUCAUCCAUGUGGUUGGGACUAGAGCUGCAACCAUUAGUUAAUUAAUUGAUGUCCAUCGACAGAAAAUCAGUCUGCAACAAUUUUGAUAAUCCAUUAAACCUUUUUUUUUUCUUCAGUUUUCUAGCAAAAAUACCCCAAGAAUAUUAUGGUUCCAGCUUCUAAAACAAGACGAUUUGUUCUUUUUCUUUGCCAUAUAUGACAGUAAAUCACACAGUUUUUAAUCAAUAAAAUUAUUGACAGAUGAUUCGAUAAUAAUCGUUAGUUGCAGUCCUAGUUAGGACCAAUAUGUAACACCACAAUGAGCCAUGACCGCUGUAGAAUUUGCUGCAACGCUUUUCUUUUUCUUCUUUUUUUAAGUUAAGCAUCGUAACUAUCAGAAGUACCGUUCCAUCAGGUCAAGUCCAUAACCAUAAGAAAUCUGUUAUGUAUUUUUACACAGGAAACUUUUAAUGUGCAUGCUUAGGAUGCAGCAUCACAUGUGAAACAUUGUUUUUUAAUGAUAUUUCUCUUUAAAUUGGUAUUUGUGUUUGUGCCAUGUUUCCCCCUUUUGAUGUAUUAGGAUGACUUUUGGCUCGCCCUCCUGUUAGACGUCAGCUCGUCUUAAACAAAAAGGUUUCCUCUGCUUGCCCCUCAUUGAAAGCACUUUAUGUUUGUAGGUUUUUACACAUCCUCCUGUAUCUCCCCCCCCCCGUUAACUCCUUAUUAAGAACAGCUUUAGGAAGAGUCACGGUUUGGAGCAUAGUUCAUUCUUGUCAGAAUUAAAGCCAGAAAGCCCCUCAGUUAUUUCCAAAUAAACUACAGUUUUCCUUCAGCAACAUUUUUUAAUUGAUUUUUAUGAAUCUAAAUUGACUUCAGGAUCUGAAAACAGCCCACUUUAAGACGCACAUUUCUCUGUGGUUGAGAAAAUAUACGUUCAAUUCAGGCACGACAGAUAGAAGGAGGAAAGAAACAGGCUCAGCUGUAGUAUUUUUCCUCCAAAACCUCCGAAAGCCUGCAAUUCCCUACAGUUUGCCCUCAAUUUGUGUGUGUCAUAACCUCUGUCUCUCGUCUGUUUGCUUCUUUUCAUUUCCCCACGUAUCUAUUCAUUUCUAGGUUUCCUGUCAUUGUGAGGUUUAAUAUGCUUUCCCUUUCUCUUACACUCGCUGAAGGAGACCUGACACCUAUUUAUAAAAAUGACAUCAAUUUACAAAGUUGCUCACUCGUGAAUGCCAGGCUACGUUUAAAACCUCAGAGCAUGUUUAGCAGAUAAGUGCAUGGAAAGGUUGUGACCUCAGCCUAUGAACCACCCCCCCCACCGUCUGGCGGUUCACCGGGCCUUUUUGCACCUGUGUAGCGCCGGCAGGUAGCAGGUGAUUUGUUGUUGUUGUUGUGUUCAGGCCCCAGCAGUGCUCGGAAAACCCCUGUUAUCCAUUCACGGCUCUUUGCAGCGGUGCACCUGUUCUGUUGUUGAAUAUUAUUUUCUAUAAGCACCAUCCAUAAUUCACACACUGUGGCAUCAAAUAUUAAGCAGAGAGAUGGAGCUGAGAGGUCAGGAGGCUUGCUUCUCAUGUAAGGCCAAUGUAGCCUUUCACAAACCCUCUUUUUUUCCUUUACUCACAAGAGGGUCGUUUUGCUUCAUUGCUAAGUUGCUUUCCUGCGGUGUCGUAAACAAAACACAGUUUCUGUUCCCCUUUUUUGCUGGAAAUAUAAAAAAAAAAUGUUGUUGCAUGAUUUAGAGCUGCACAAGAUAGUGGGUAAAUGAGAUCUAAAUCUUCUGUAAAACUCUCUUAGUUUAUCUCCUUUUCAGUUAUCUGUCAGUCAAUGUUACAUGAGAGGAAUAUCAGACAUUAUGGAACAGAUUUUUUGGUUACAAAAAAAUCUUAACACUCCACAUUUCCCUUGACAUUCAGAAUCCGCACUGACUCCAUAUUCUGUCACUGUACGGUGGUGUUUUGUAAUGUAAAUCUGCAGUUACUGUAUUGUAGCUACUAUGUGAAGCUUGAGGCUGAUGGUCAAAGAAGUGAGAUGCCACUUCUCUUCAACAGAAAGAAGCUUUGUAAAGCCUUGCAUCAGUUAAACAGCCUUGUUUUUUUGUUCUUUUGUUUUUUCCUCCAUUCCUCUGUAGCUUCUUUUUCAGGAAGUUCCUUCUCAUUCCAGCUGAGUGGAAGUGUUGCUUUUGUUGUGUGCAAUCUGUGACAUCUUGCACUUGUUUAGGUUACCACCAUUUCAGAAGCAUUAAGGGCCUUCUUGUGGCUCUCACUGCUGCAUCAGGAGUUUUUUCUGAUAAAAAAGUCCUUUGAAAUUGUGUGGAAAGAUUUCUUUAUUUUAAAAAUGAACUGAUUUAUUUUUUUCUUUAUGCACAGCCAAGGCCCUGCAAAGGCCAUAACUUCUUUUCUUUAAGCAGUAAACGUUACUUAAUGGCACCAGCUACUACUUAUGAUGAACAAACUCUAUGUACAUAGAUAUAAACGUAUAUAUGAAUAUAUAUAUAUAUAUAAAUGGGUCUUUGCACAAGUUAUCUCCAUGUCCGCUCCAUGUAAUUUUAACAGGAAAAACUAAAUGCGACAGAAGCUUCAGAAAAAAAGACUUUAUAUACAUAUACAAAUACAAUUCUUUGUCUCAUUAACAUUUUGCACUUAUUUAAAGAGGCUUACUUCUGUUUCUGGGCUGACAGAGCUGUUUCUACGCUCGGUCAAGAUAUUGUACAAUAUGUAUAUGUAUUUUUAUUCAUAUGCAUAUAAAUAUAUGUCUAUGUAAUUUG